CUACCCUGUGUGUUUCAUAUACUGCUUUUUAUUUUUAUUCUCAUAGGAAGGGUUCCUUCUGGGUGAAAUAAAAGGUGAAGCCAAGAAUAGCAUUACUGAUUCACAAAUGGAUAAUGUUAAAGUUGUUUAUACAAUUGACAUUCAGAAAUAUAUUCCAUGUUACCGGCUUUUUAGCUUUUAUAAUUCUUCAGGUGAAGUAAACGAACAUGCACUGAAGAAAAUUCUUUCAAAUGCCAAAAAGACUGUGGUGGGUUGGUACAAAUUCCGCCGUCACUCAGAUCAGAUCAUGACAUUUAGAGAGCAGUUGCUGCACAGAAACUUACAGACUCAGCUUUCAAGCCCAGAACUUGUUUUUCUGCUGUUAACACCAAGUAUAACAACAGAAAGCUGCUCCACUCACUGCCUGGAACAUGCCCUGUAUAAACCUCAAAAGGGGCUUUUUCACAGGGUGCCUUUGGUGGUUGCCAAUCUGGGAAUGUCUGAUCAACUGGGCUAUAAAACAGAGUCUGCCUCCUGUACAUCCACUGGCUUCAGCAAAGCCGUGAGAACACACAGUUCUCAAUUUUUUAAUGAAGAUGGAUCAUUAAAGGAGGUGCAUAAGAUAAAUGAAAUGUACGCUGCUAUACAAGAAGAAUUAAGGAGUCUAUGCCAAAAAGUUGAACAAAGUGAACGAGAAGUAGAGAAACUAAUGAUGGAUAUAAAUCAAUUAAAAGAAGUUAGAAAAGAACAGCAUGCGAAGAUUAAAGCAGCAGGAGAGAAGACUGUCCAAAACAACCCCCAGGAGAAUAUCCUUCUUUGUCAAGCUUUAAGAACCUUUUUUCCAGAGUCCGAAGUCCUUCAUUCUUGUGUUAUUUCUUUGAAAAACAGACAUAUUUCUCAAAGUGGGUGUAACACGAACCAUCAUCUUGAUGUGGCUAAGCUGACCUUAAUGGUGGAGUAUGUUCACAGCCCUGAUGCUAGUCCAACCUCUGAAGCCCAGCUGACUAAGCGUAAGGCUCUAGACACGCAAGAGCAGUGGCCUAUGAAGAAACCACGAUUGUUGGAGACAGAAAGCAGACCUCUGACAGAU